AUGAGCUUGCAGGGCCCCGAUGCAGCAAUCUGCGAUAACAGCAGCUUGCAGGUUUUCAGCAUCACAGUGCCGACGCCGCACCGCAACGUCCACAUCGUCAUGAACCGCUUGCUGGACAGCAAUCAGGUUUCCACCACCUUGGUCUCCCAGACGGAUUACCAGGUGCUCUGCUUCGCAGAGGAUGAUUGGCCCAUAGAGGUGCCCAGCUUCUUGGCACCAACCCUUCCGAACAAGGUUUCGCUGACAGCUGUUCAUUCCCUGCGUGAGCUCAUCGGAACGAAGAGAACUUUGGAUGAGACUCCUCCAAACUUCACCCAGCUGGUAUUGGAUGACCCCACCACCUACAAUGACCGCAUCAUCGUGGCCUUUGCCCUGAAUGAGCCGGGAACCGCGUACUGCCGUGCAACACGAUCUGACUCCGGGGAGACGUCUGCUGACAUGCCGGUCGUGCGGAUCCUGGGUGUUGGACGCCCAGUCACAGAGCAACAGCCGGCUGGUCCGCUGCGCAUAAUGGCAGCACGGUCGAUCAUCACAAUGACGAAGCUGGAAAAUAUCGAUCCUGCCCUGACAAACCGCGACGACCACAACAUCUUCAUUGAUGAGGCAUCUCAGUACGAUGUCUACUGCCUGGCCAAGGAUGACGCCACCGAUGAUCGGGGGCUUCCUCGUCCCAACAUCAUGAGCGCUGGCUACAUAAGUGCCGAUGUUGGUGAUCCUUUAUCCCCACAAGGAGGAUAUUGGUUCGCGCUGCAGCUGUUGGACAGGUGUCAGGCGGCAGACUUGGCCAACUCCACGAGUUUGCUGAGUUGCAAAGAGGAUGAAGUGCAGGCCACGAAUUCGAGUGAAGACUGUUUCUACGAGGACUUUGUCAAGGGCCUGGACAACGAAACCGUCUUUAGCGCAGAGGUGUCCGAACCUUAUCGCGAUGUAGUGAUCGAAGUCACACGGAUCUGGCAAAAAGAUCAGACUUCCAUUCCUUUGAUGCACGAGCACCUCUACUCUGUCUUCUGUUUCGCUGAAGAUGAUUGGCCGGUCCAGGCCGUGUCGUCGGUUGUUUCGGUGAACUUCGGCUUGACCACCGGGACGAACAAAGUCGACCUGUCGCAGGGCUUGGCCUUGAGAGAUGCUAUUGGGCCCCUGGCAACCUUAGACGAGGCUGCUCCAACUUUCACCUUCUUGGAAAUCGAGGAUCCAACUGCCGGAAACGAUCGAAUCGUGGUUACGUUCGCACUGAACGAGCCGGGAACUGCAUACUGCCGACCCACGCGCUCGGACUCGGGUGAAACGUGGUUGGACAUGCACAUCAACCGCAUUGUCAGCGCUGCCUGGUCCUCGCCGUUCUCAUCAGGUGUUGCUACCAUCGAGAUGACCAGCAUCUCAAACCGAAGUCUGGAUCGACUGGACAAUGCAGCUUUGGAAGAGGCAGUGCGCUACGACGUGUACUGUUGGGCAGAAGACGAUGCCUUGGAUGGUUGGGGCAUGGCACGCCCAAACCUCAUGAGCCAGGACUAUGCCGGGACGGCAGUCAGCAAUGCCGUGAGCUUAGAGAAUGCCUCCAGCCCGGCCGGCGGUUUCACUGCUGGCGUCUGGGUUCGAGACUCCACGCCGCCCAAGAUGAUCCUCGUGCGGUCAGAGGCCGUGGCGCGGUCGACACCUACGCUGCAGGUGACCCUCCAGCUGUCAGAACCUGGCACUGUCUGGUGUCAGGCUGCAGAUUUGCUGGAAGAGUGCACGGCUACGGAUAUUUCAGGCGAAACAAACCCUGACAGUCCGUGCUAUUUCGUGUCCUUCAUUAAGGGCAACACGACCUCCAGCUUCGAAGUUCCCGUGGACAGCGCCUACCGAAAUGUGGAGGUCGAGGUCAACGUCCUGCAGCUGAGAGCCGGCGGGACCCGGGCGCUUGAGCCGCAAAGGCCUUACAAUGUCUUCUGCUUAGCAGAAGAUGAUUGGGUUCUCCAGGCAGACGCCGCAGCAAACUCCAUCAGUUACGUCUCGCCCAGCUCCCCUUUGCAAGUGUCGCUCAACGACAGCGUUGCCCUGAAAGACGAGAUUGGGCCACUUGUCACCCUGGACGAAAGCCCACCGUCAUUCACCAAGCUGCUUAUUCCAGAUCCCACUGCAUACAACGAUCGGAUUAUCGUUGUCCUGUCUCUGAACGAGCCAGGCACCGCAUACUGCCGUGCAACUCGAUCGGACUCAGGAGAGACAGCAGUCGACAUGUCCGUCAAUCGUGUGAUCGCAGCGGGUUGGUCGGCAGUUUUUGCAAGUGCUGACGUCUCCAUAGAAAUGACAAAGCUGGAGAACGUCGAUCCCGCUUUGACGGCGAGAGAUGAUGUGGAUGUGUUUUUCGAAGAACAGACGCAGUAUGACGUGUACUGCUGGGCACAGGACAGCGCGGUGAACAGCCAAGGGGUCGCGCGCCCCAACUACAUGUCACAUGCCUACAUGGUGACAGAGGUGAAUUCUAGCUCAAGUCCGGCUGGUGGUCUGACGCAACAUGUUUGGGUCACGGAUUCGACGCCUCCUACCAUGAUCUUCGUUCGGGCAGAUGCCUUGGCAAGUGCAACUUUGCAGGUGACGUUGCAGCUGGACGAGCCUGGCACUAUCUGGUGCCAAGCUGCGCUGCCCAAUUCAUCGACUUCUCCCAGCUUUUGUCGUGCCGGUGAUGUUGGACUAGCCGGUGAUUUGCAAUCUACUUCUCCUGCGGCCCCAUGCUUCUUCGAAGACUAUGCUUGGACCCAAGUGUAUGCAAGUCGCGAAAGCAGGCAUUUCACGCUUCACUUGCCGGCCGAAGUAGGCAAGAGAAUAGGGGAAGUGUGGAGGGUGAAGGGAAAUCUGACCACGUCCAGCUUUGUUGUGGAGGUUCCUGUCGCUUACAGAGAUGCCAGCAUUGACAUAAGCACAAUCAGCCUCAAGGACGGAUCUGCUGCUGCCAACCUCACAUCGGAGACUGGAUACAAUAUUUUCUGCUUUGCUGAGGAUGAUUGGGUAUUUCAAGCAGACGCCGCCGCAAACUCCAUCAGUUACGUCUCGCCCAGCUCCCCUUUGCAAGUGUCGCUCAACGACAGCGUUGCCCUGAAAGACGAGAUUGGGCCACUUGUCACCCUGGACGAAAGCCCACCGUCGUUCACCAAGCUGCUUAUUCCAGAUCCCACUGCAUACAACGAUCGGAUUAUCGUUGUCCUGUCUCUGAACGAGCCAGGCACCGCAUAUUGCCGUGCAACUCGAUCGGACUCAGGAGAGACAGCAGUCGACAUGUCCGUCAAUCGUGUGAUCGCAGCGGGUUGGUCGGCAGUUUUUGCAAGUGCUGACGUCUCCAUAGAAAUGACAAAGCUGGAGAACGUCGAUCCCGCUUUGACGGCGAGAGAUGAUGUGGAUGUGUUUUUCGAAGAACAGACACAGUAUGACGUGUACUGCUGGGCACAGGACAGCGCGGUGAACAGCCAAGGGGUCGCGCGCCCCAACUACAUGUCACAUGCAUACAUGGUGACAGAGGCGAAUUCUAGCUCAAGUCCGGCUGGUGGUCUGACACAACAUGUUUGGGUCACGGAUUCGACGCCUCCUACCAUGAUCUUCGUUCGGGCAGAUGCCUUGGCAAGUGCCACUUUGCAGGUGACGUUGCAGCUGGACGAGCCUGGCACUAUCUGGUGCCAAGCUGCAGAGAUUGCGUCGGCAAGUCCCAAUUCUUUCUGCAACGAGCUGGACUUCCAAGACUCGGAUCCUUUGGCAGAGUGCUUCUUCGAGACGUUUGUGAAGGCCUCGGCCGGCCCAGCAGAUGCUCUCUUCUCUGUCCUCGUACCAGAAGCCUACCGCAAUGUCGACAUCAACAUCAACCGCGUGGUGAGUAAAGAUUCCACUUCAAGCACGAGCUUGACUUCACAGCAUCAGUAUGCCGUUGUUUGCUUUGCGGAGGAUGAUUGGCAGAUCCAGGCUGACGGCCUACCAUCGCCUGAAUACACUCCGCCGGCAGGACCAAACCAGGUGAACUUGACGGACGCACGCCUCCUGAGAGAUGCGAUUGGAUCGCUGCUGACCUUGGAUGAGGCUCCACCAACAUUUUCUCUCUUGAUGACCGUGGAUCCUACACAGACGAACGAUCGCAUUGUUGUCACAUUCGCGUUGAACGAGGCUGGCACGACAUUCUGCCGGCCCACUCGACGUGACUCAGGCGAAACAGCUCAGGAUAUCUCCAUUAAUCGAAUCAUCAGCGCGGGAUGGUCAGCGGUAGACGAUGGCAGUGGCAGCGACCACACGAUCGAGAUAAUCGGCAUUGAGAAUGUUAUGCUGGAUCAAUUGGAGCCACUUGAUGAGGCACAGCAGUACGAUGUCUAUUGCUGGGCGAGGGACAACGCAACAGACAUGCAGGGGUUCUCCAGGGCGAAUUUUAUGUCGCAUGCGUAUGUGGGGACGGCUGUCAGUAAUGACACCACGCCGAACGGUGGAAAGAUCGAAGCUGUGUGGAUCACUGACAGCACUCCUCCGACGUUGUACUUUGUUCGGGCAGGUGGUGUGAAGACGGAGGACACACUGCAGGUUACUCUGCAGCUGUCGGAACCAGGGACGGUUUGGUGUCAAGCGGCCGAGCCGGCCAAUGCAUCCUUGGGCUCGCCGUAUUGCAACGAAGACGAAAUCAGCUCCAAUCUCCUCGAUGCUUGCUACUGGGAGAGCUUUGUCAAGGGCUCCAAUGCCCCCAGCACCUUCAGCGCGGACGUCCACACAGCUUUCGAGUAUGUCGAAGUGGAAAUCAAUCGCAUUUGGCGGAAGAACACGGCAGCAGAAGAUCCGCUCCUUCCGGAGACGGGCUACAAGAUCUUCUGCUAUGCGGAGGAUGACUGGCCCACGAAAGCACAGAGUGUGACGACAUCUGUCUUCUUCAAUGAAACUGGGCUGCAGCCGCAACAGAGCAGCCUCGCAUCUGUCAUAGCAUUCAAGGAUGCUGUGGGGCUUCGAACAACACUGGACCUGACGCCUCCGAACAUCAACGUGUCAAACCCUGCAGCACCGUCCGAGACUGCGAUUACCGUUCUCGUGUCGUUGUCGGAGGCCGGUACCGCCUGGUGCAAGCCCGUGCGUGGCGGUGGCGACGCUCCGACGGUGCUGGAGAUCCUGAGCGCGGGCUUCAGCGCCGCCAUGGCAACGGAGCCCUACACAGCGACGGUGAUGCUCAGUGGCGAAGAUGCGACCGUGCCCCUGGUUCGAGGAACAGACUACGAGGUUUUCUGUUACGCAGAAGAUGAUUCAUGCAAUGGCUGUGCCUAUGGUGCAGGCAUCGGUUCCGAAGCGAUUGCAGAAACUCGAACGAGCAUCCGCACGCUGGACAGAACGCCCCCGCAGUUGCGGGUGGUGAACGUUCGGUCCAUUGCUCGAGACCAGAUUCAACUCACCAUCCAGGCUGGCGAGGGCGCGCGGUUGUGGUGUGCGGCUUGGCCAAGCGACCUGCCUCCCACUGAUGAGCUCGGGUUUCCUCUGAAUGCAACAAACUUUGAAGAGAUGAUCAAAGACUGGGCCGCAAGUGGAUGCGUGGACUCUCUGGGCGUAGCUUGUGGAAGCUUUUGGGUCUACGACUUGGAUGACCUUGAGGACACAGCCUUAGAUGGCAUGACGUCUUUAGCAUCGUACAGGGACGAGCGAACUUGGAGACACGAUGAGGACGUGGUUGUCGUACUGAAAGGCCUUUCGGAGCAGACCGAAUACAGCCACCUGUACUGCUAUGCAGAAGACGACGAGGACGAUGGUCUUGGGGCUGCCGCGAACAAGAUGACUUACGACACUGGAGCGUAUUCCAGCCAGGUUAUCGUGAUUCAUCAGGGCCUUGGCAACGUGACCACACUCGAUGAGACCCCGCCUACUUUUACUCAGCUGAGCAUUCAGGAUCCGACGAGUUUCCCGGAUCGCAUUGAGAUUAGUUUCGCUCUGAACGAGCCCGGAACAGCAUAUUGUCGAGCUACGCGAUCUGAUUCUGGUGAAACGGGUGCCGACAUGUACAUCGCGUGGAUUCAGACAGCUGCCUGGUCAUCGACUCAUGAUGGGUCUAGUUUGCCAGCAACGAUCGAGAUCAGCAAGCUAGAGAACCUGGAUCCGCUCCUCACAAAUCGGGAUGACCAAACGGUGCCCAUUCUCGAGGCGCAACAGUAUGACGUUUACUGCUGGGCUAUGGACAGUGCCGUCGACACUGCUGGACUGGCAAGACCAAAUUACAUGAUGCAGAGCUAUGCGAUCACGGAAGUGAAUUCCACCACCUCCCCGGCCGGAGGUUGGACACGAGGUGUCUGGGUGGUAGACUCCACCCCUCCACAGAUCAUCUUAGUCGGUGCUGAGGCCGUCUCCUCGUCAGAGCUGCAAGUGACGCUUCAGCUGGACGAGCCUGGCACGGUUUGGUGCCAGCCAGGUGACACCUCGGGCGAUGCGACGCAGUGCCAGAGCUCUGAAGUGCAGAAUCAGUCUUCCACCACCGAUUGCUUCUGGAUCACACUGAUACAGUCCAACGACUUCCGUGCGGACGUUCAUGAAGCCUUCGUUGACGUCUCCAUCAACAUGAACCGUCUGCAUCCGCACCAGGGACACGCAGCCAGCCUCCUCUCCCCUGAGACGGCAUACGAGAUCUUCUGCUACGCUGAGGACGACUGGCCCGCGCAGGCCAACGCGGCGACCAAUUCUGUGAGCUUCGUGGCUGUGACCAGCCCCAACAACGCCUCUUUCGAUGACUCCGAGCGCUUGAGGACUGGCAUCGGCUUGCUGACAACCCUGGACGAGUCACCGCCGAACUUCACUACUCUGUCGAUUGCAGAUCCCACUGUGCAGAAUGACAGGAUUGUGGUGGUGUUUUCGCUCAACGAGGCUGGCACGGCAUAUUGUCGAGCCACUCGAUCCGACUCCGGUGAAACGGCCACGGUCAUGACUAUCAACCGCAUAGUCAGUGCUGGCUGGUCGGCAAGCAAUGAUGGUUUGGGCAGCGGCAUGAUUGUCAUGACACAUCUGGAAAAUCUGACCAUGCUCAACCUGCAGAGUGAACCUAUACGUGAAGCGACGCAGUACGAUGUGUACUGCCUGGCGAAAGACAGCGCCGUUGACGGAAGAGGCUUAGCUCGGGCAAACUGGAUGCAACAUGACUACGUCUCCAGGGCCGUGGCUUCUCCCAGCAGCCCCGAAGGUGGGAUGACAGCGGGUGUCUGGGUCGUCGACGCAACGCCGCCGGCCCUACUCCUCGUGGAUGCCUACGCUGCCAGCCAAGCGACGAUCCACCUGCGCCUGCAGCUCACCGAGCCAGGCACGAUCUGGUGUGCUCCUCUGGCGACUGACAACGCGACCUUCUGCAGUCUCGAUGACAUGGCCGCAAACAUCACUGUAGGAUGUGAUUACGAGAGGUUCAUCAAGGACCAGCAGCCGUUGCAGGCGGCGUCGAGAGCAGAAGUAUCAGAGUCAUACAAAGACGUUGAAGUGAAGGUGGACCGAAUUGUUACCCGUGACGGCCUGGCCAACUACGCCUUGGAAACGGAACAAUCGUACAACGUCUUCUGCUUUGCACAAGAUGAUUGGCCAUUGCAGGCAACGCGUUCCUUGGUCCAGUCGCCAAACUUCGUGGCUCCAGGCGAGGCGAUGAAAAUUUCCUUGUCGGAUGCGGAAGCCUUUUCCAAUCUGGUUGGCAACAUCACAACGCUGGAUGAGACACCUCCCAGCUUUACCUUGCUGCACGUAGAGGACCCCACUGCCAGCAAUGACCGCAUAGUCAUCACGCUGCAGCUCAACGAGCCGGGAACGGCUUACUGCCGAGCAGCCCGAUCCGACUCUGGUGAGGCUCCGUCUGACAUGCACAUCACUCGGAUACUGACAGCCAAUUGGCCAGCACAGAACGACGGCCUUAGCAACUCUACGAUUCAAAUCACUCAACUGGAAAAUGUGGACCCAUUGUCCACAAGUCGUGAUGACGAAGUGGAGCCUAUCGCAGAAGCCGUUCAGUACGACGUGUACUGCUGGGCCGAGGACAGUGCGGUGGACAGUUCUGGCUACGCGCGACACAACUACAUGACAAUCGAAUACACUCGCACCGAUGCUGUCACAUCGACGUAUCCGCAAGGUGGCCGCAGUCCAGGCGUCUGGGUGCGGGACACCACGCCGCCCAGAAUGGUUUUCGUCAGAGCAGAAGGCAUCUCCCAAGACACCUUGCAAGUGACGCUGCAGCUGGACGAGCCAGGCACGGUUUGGUGUGCCGCCGUGCAGACGGAAGCGGAUCCCGCCUAUUGCAUCCCUGGGUCAUCUCCAAGUGGCAGCUUCUCAGCGGAUCCAGGGCCCUGUGAAUACGAGACCUUCGUAAAGGGUGAUUCAAAUGUGAGUUUCCGAGAAGAAGUCCAUGAGGCCGGAGUCUCCAUUCAGAUCGAGAUCAACAAAAUCAUCCGCACAGAUUCAGGAGCCGAUCCUCUCAUGCCCGAGACGAACUAUCACAUAUACUGCUUCGCUGAAGAUGAUUGGCCAGCGGAUGCCAUGGGUGCCACGAUACGUUCACAGUCCUACACAGGCAGCACGGCAUUACCGAACAAGGUUUCAUUGGACGAUGUCUUGAAUUUCAGUGACAGCGCUGACUUGCUCUUUGUGCCACGCACUCUGGACGAAGCGGCUCCAAGCUUCACACUUCUUGAGAUCCAGGAUCCGACAGCGCGGAAUGAUCAGAUCCAAGUCGUUUUCGCUUUGAACGAGGUGGGAACAGCCUAUUGUCGACCGGUCCGUGCUGACAGUGCAGAGGCAGCUUUCCCACUGGGGAUCAACCGCAUCGUCUCUGCUGGCUGGUCCGCAACACAUGACCCCUCAACAUCCGCGAGCAGCAGCCUGUUGAUCGCUGGAGUGCAGUCGUCGCCUGUGGAGGAGCUCGACGAAGCCAGGCAGUAUGAUGUAUAUUGCUGGGCUCAGGAUGAAGCGAAGAGCAAUUUCGGAUUUCCACGGCCACAGCUCAUGUCGCAAGCAUACGUGAGCAACGAUGUUGCCAACGUUACAGCACCCCAGGGAGGGAAAACUGCCAAUGUCUGGACGUUGGACUCCACUGCGCCAACGCUGCUUUUCAUUGACUGGGAUGCCGUAAAGGAUGAGGAGACUCUGCAAGUCACCCUGCAAUUGGAUGAGCCAGGGACCGUGUGGUGCCAGGCUGCAGAGGUUGUGGCAACCAACAGCAGUCAUUGCGGUGAUCUCGAGUUGCAGGACUCUGACCCCUUGGCCGACUGCUACUUUGAGGACUACAUAAAGGGCAACUUCUCCCACGUCUUCAAGCAGGAAGUCCACACGGCCUUCAAAGAUGUGGAAGUGGAGGUGAACCGCCUUCCUUCGCGAGAUGGAUUGAGUUCGAUAUCACUUUCUCGCAGAUCAGGGUACAAGCUCUUCUGUUUCGCGGAGGAUGACUGGAUCGAGCAGGCCACGGUUGGCUCCGUCAACUUCGCCGCCCCAAGCUCCCGAAACAAGGUGACGUUCGCGUCUGUGACGGCCUUCAAAGACCUGGUUGGAACUGCGACAACGUUGGACCUGACGCCGCCGAAUUUGACUCUGCUCGACGUUGCCGCAACCGAGGACAGAAUCGUAGUUUCUGUGUCGAUGGACGAGGCUGGCACGGUUUGGUGCCGUGCCUACCGGAAGGGUGCUGCGAUGCCGCUAGCUCCAGAGAUCCUGGAAACUGGAUUCUAUGUGGAGUCUCCUGCUGAAGCUAUGGCUGAGGUGAACAUCACGGCAGAGAACGCAAAAGGUGAUCCCCUGGCACAAGGAACAGAUUAUGAGGUGUACUGCUAUGCGGAGGACGUCCCCUGCCUGCGCUGUUCGGCGGCAGCCGGAUCAUCCGUCGAGGAGAUCAGGAAGACGAAAGCCGGCAUCAGAACUCUUGAUGUUCUACCACCUCGGGUCACAGUCCUGUUUGCGGAAGCAUUGAGCAAGGACACCAUCCAGUUGACCCUGCAAGUGGACGAGGGAGCCAAGCUGUGGUGCGCGGCUUGGGAUUCCGAACCUGCAGGUGUGAGCACAGGUUUCGAAGAGCUGAUCAAGGGCGCGAACUGCACUGAAAGCCAUCCGCCGCAGCGUCCGUGUGGCAGCUUCUGGAUCUACGACCUCGAUGAUGUGGAGGACACUCCCUUGGAUGGCGUGUCAACUGUCCAGGACCUUGCGGCAUCAUACCAGUACACCCGCGACGUACAGCUAACUAUCUUUGGCCUGACCGAAGCGACGGUGUAUGAUUACAUUUACUGCUUCGCUGAAGAUGACGAAGUUGAUGGCCUCGGGUCGGCACCGAACAAGAUGUAUUACGACACAAGCGAUGCUCCAGCGGGAACGGAGUCCAGCAGACUCGUCAGUUCCGUGAAAGCCGCAGUCGGAUCCAUUGUGAGCUUGGACGAGUCACCUGCGACAUUCACGCAGCUCGAAGUUCUGGAUCCUACCGCUGAGGAGGGUCUCAUCGCAGUGAGCCUUGCUCUAAACGAGCCCGGGACGGCAUACUGCCGCGUGACAAGGUCUGAUUCGGGAGAAGUCGGCUCAGACAUGCAUGUGAAUCGGAUCCUUGCUGCUGGUUGGUCCGCUGUUCACGCUGGACCACCUGCAGAUGCCGUGACCAUUAAUAUCACCGCACUGGACAGCGCUGUGCCUUUGGAUGUUCCUUCUGUCCCCGUGGAAGCGGCAACCCAGUACGACGUCUACUGCUGGGCCCAGGACAAUGCCGUGAGCACCCUGGGCUUCGCGCGUCCGAACUACAUGACGCAGCAGUAUGCCACUUCUCCUGUCGUUUCUCCCUCAUCACCUUCAGGGGGAGCGACGGCUGGUGUUUGGGUCACGGACAAGACGCCGCCUACUAUCAUCUAUGUCUCCUCCGAAGCUGUCUCCAGCGACACGGUGCAAGUCACUCUGCAGCUGGAUGAGCCUGGAACGAUCUGGUGUGCAGCUGCUGAGCCAGACUCCUCCGCGAACACUCAGAGCUGCAGGGAAGGUGAGCUGCAGGACUCGGAACCUGAUCCAAGCAUCCAGCCAUGCUACUUCGAGACCUUUGCCAAAGGGACCUAUGCCGACGGAACUGUUUUCAAGGCUGAAGUCUCGCAGCCGUUCAGGGAUGUGGACAUCGAGAUCAGCAGGAUUUGGGAGCGCAACGGCACCAGCACAAGCAAGUUGCAGCCGGAGACUCCCUACAAGAUCUUCUGCUUUGCCGAAGACGAUUGGGUUGUGCAAAGUACAGCCGGCGCGGUCAGUCCGAACUUUGUGGCACCGACGAGCCCCAACAAGUCGCCCUUGUCGCAGGGCCAGUCUCUCCUGACUGCCAUCGGGACCAGGACGACCUUGGAUGAGAGCCCUCCACGCUUUACCAAGCUGCUCAUACAGAACCCAACGCAGACCAACGAUCGCAUUGUUGUUGUCUUUGCGCUGAACGAGCCUGGCACGGCAUACUGUCGAGCGAGACGUGUCGACUCCGCCGCGGCUACAACAUCAAUGAAGAUACCUGACAUCCUUGCUGCCGGCUGGUCUGCAAGCUUCUCAGGGCCCGAUGCAACCAUCGAAAUGACGAAGACAUCUAUGCCACAUCCUGGUGUUGGGGCUCUGGACGCGUCGACGGCCGACUUCGACGAGCAGACCCAGUAUGACGUCUUCUGCUGGGCCCACGACGAUGCUGUCGAUGGCAGGGGAUACGCAAGACCCAACCAGCAGACUGAAGAGUAUGUGAACACGGAAGUGGGCCAGGGCGAAGUCGUGAACGCAACGCUCGAAGGUGGCAAGACACCAGGAGUUUGGGUGGCAGACACUACACCUCCCACCAUGUUGCUCGUACAGGCAGAAGCACUCUGGAGUGCCACUCUUCAGGUACGGCUCCAGUUGAACGAGCCCGGCACCGUUUGGUGUGCUGCCGCAGGCAAGGGCUCUCCGGCAAGCUAUUGCUUGGCCAGCGAGCUGCAGUCAGCAUCAUCUUCUGCUGAUUGCUUCUUCGAGGAUUACAUCAAAGGAAACGCCUCUGAUGGUACAUCCUUUAGUGAGUACGUUUCCGAGGCCUUCCAGGACGUGGAAGUGGAAAUCACGAGGAUUCUACGAAAAGAUAUGACAGCUGGAUCACCGCUUCUGCCGCAGACGACCUAUCAGAUCUUCUGCUUCGCAGAAGACGACUGGAAAGAACAGGCGGACAGUGUCAACUCUUCUGCCGAGUACGUGUCGCCAACAGGCUCACCAGCUACAACCUUCGUCACAGUGCAGACUUUUUCGGACAGCAUCGGUGAACUCGCAACGCUGGAUGAGGCAGCUCCCAGCUUCACCUUGCUGGAAAUCCAAGAUCCCAGCGCUGAAGAAGGAGUCCUGGUCGUAAACUUCGCUCUAAACGAGGCAGGAACAGCGUACUGCAGGGCGACCCGCUCGGACUCGGGCGAGUCUGCUGAGGACAUGCCGAUCAACAGGGUUCUGACGGCCAACUGGGUGGGUGAGUACGACGGCAGCAGCAACAUCACCAUUGUCAUGAACAACUUAGAGAACGUUGAUCCCUCUGCCACAAAGCGCGACGACGAAGUCGCAUCUUUGAUGGCUGGAACGCAGUACGAUGUGUACUGCUGGGCCAAGGACAAAGCCACAAACACCUUUGGAUACCCGCGACCGAAUUUCAUGGCAGCAAGCUAUGUGGCAAGUCCAGUUCUGUCUGCCACUGCCCCAGCUGGAGGCUACACAAGGGGUGUUUGGGUUACAGAUAGCACGCCGCCCACAAUGUUCUUCUCAGCCUUCGAUGCUCUGUCGGAGGAGUCUCUUCUCGUGCAGCUUCAACUCAGCGAGCCUGGUACGGUCUGGUGUGCGGCAACGAUGCCCAACGGUGGCUCUUCCAGCUAUUGUCGACCGAACGACCUCCAGGACAGCGAUGCUUUGGCUGCCUGCUACUACGAGGAUUACAUCAAAGGUUCAGCGGGGCAGGGCACGGUGUUCAUGAAGGAGGUCUCCGAUCCAUACACAGAUGUCUCAGUGGAGAUCGAUCGCAUAGCACUUUCUGGCAUUGGCGGAGCUGGAUUAGGGGCACCAUUGCCUGCAGAGACACAGUUUUCUGUGCUGUGCUUUGCGCAAGACUCGUGGGACUUGCGCAGCCAGGACGCUUUUUCACAGGGCCACGGGUCCCCGAACUUCGUGGCACCAGGCGGACCCAACAAGGUCACAAUGGCGCAGGUUCUCGCCUUCGUCACUGCAGCAGAGAGCCUCGGAGCUGUGGCCACCACGUUGGACCUCACAGCGCCAAGCACGACCAGCUGGGCCCUCCACGCGCCUCCCGACUCCGAGUCCAGUUUGGAGAUCCUCUUCGGAGUGGACGAGGCGGCAACGCUUUUCUGCCUACCUCUCCUCACAGGCACGGAGACACCUCACAUCAGCACUAUCACUGCAGAGGGACAGUCUGCCAACUGUUCUGCUGCCUCCUUUGACGCUGGCGACUGUUCCAGCUUGACAAUGGCGCUGCCCGGGCUGUUGCGUGGCACGGGCUAUGAUGUGCAUUGCCAGCUCGAGGACGACAACAUGCACCCCUUGCUUCCGAACCGUCGAGUUCUGCCUGUCCUUUCCGCCAGCGUCAACGACUUCACGCCUCCACAGAUAAGCGUGGUUCGAGCCAGUGGCUCUGAGCCUGGGCUCAUUGUCGUGACAUUACAGCUUGAUGAGCCAGGUACGGUUUGGUGCUUCAGCCCAUCAACUGUGGGACAGGCCAUUUCGCCAGGAUGGGUGCUUGCCCACGGCUGGCGCUCGGAGACAGCUGCCGAUGCAAACACGGAUGUGGAGGUCACGGUGUCACGCCGUGGCACCACAGAACUGCAGCUGGUCUCAGAAACCGCAUAUGAGACCUAUUGCGCUGCCCAAGACACAGCCACCAAUCCCAGCUGCACGGAUCCUGGCUGCCCAGCGGUUCCCAACCUGAACACGCUUGCAGAGAUGCAGCUUGUACGUGAUGCAGUGGGGCAGAUCAUCACACGCGAUGUGGACCCGCCCACCUUCUCACUUCUUGGAGCCAGGGGUGUUGGCGAGGACAUGCUCUCGGUCACCCUGCAGUUGAACGAGCCCGGCACAGCCUACUGCCGCGCUACUCGCACCGACGCAGCAUCUGCAGCAUUGCACAUUUCUCAUAUAGUGCAAGCGGGAUUCUUUGCCACCAAUGAUGCGAUGGCAUCUUCAGUUAUCAAUAUCGACAAGUUGGCCGAUCGCGCGACAGAAGCUCCUUUGACGCGUGCAACCGCGUAUGACAUCUUCUGCUGGGCCAAGGAUUCGGCGCAGCUGCACUCCUGUCGGCCUCAGGGGACCAGUGCUGUUUGUAGCUUUGAGGCAUCUCCGAAUUUCAUGGAGCAGAGCUAUGUGCAGACUCGAUUCUCUCAAGCCGUCCAUCCGCCCGAUCUGGAAACGGGUGCCAGUGGAGGCCUCAUAGAUAUGGUUCGUACCUGGGACACUACGCCGCCUGUGCUAACCUUCGUCUGGGCAGAAGCGCGAUCGGAGGAUUCGAUCACCGCAACCCUUCAACUUGAUGAGCCUGGAACUGCGUAUUGCCGAGCCUACGACGUGGAUCCCGGAAACAACGUGACCUUUGCAGACGUCGUGGCUGCGCCGGGCGGACCUUUCAGCUUCGAUCUUCCGUCGGACUCGCCACUGCGAAGCUUCACGGCCUCGGCGCAAAGAAACUUUGAGAUCACCGUGACCGGUCUGUCUCGGGAGGUGCUGUACUUCGUCUACUGCGUGGCAGAGGAUGAUGAAGCCACAGACGGCUGCUUUCAACGCAAUGCCACGGAAAGUCCAGAUUGUGGGAACAACGAGGCAGCGCCAAUCCUCACCGAACCACUCGGCCGGUAUUCCCUGGAUCUGACCCCGCCGACUCUUCUUGUGCUGGAUGCUGUGUCGUACACGCAGGAUUCUGUUCGAGUCACAGCCUCGCUGAAUGAGGCAGGCACUGUGUGGUGUGCCGCCGUGCUCGACCUGCAGCCUCCACCUGCGACCAAUGAAGUCGUGGCUGCUGGAUAUCUUGCGAGCAUAGGGGCCGCUGGAGUUCUGGAUGUGACCAUACAGAACUUGAUGAGGGACACAGAGUAUGACGUUUACUGCUUCGCCCGGGACGACGGCACGAUGUCAGCGGCGAACAGUACGCUGGAGGUCAAGCUCUCAAAGAAGAACUCCAUCUCGUACUCAGACAUGGUGGCAACCAAAAUGGACGCCCACGUCAUCUACGAUUCGGAGGCACCCCGUCUUCUUGCCGUGCAUCCUCCACACAAUGCUUUCGGAGUCGGUGCUGAGGUCAACAUCAGCCUCACAUUCAGCGAGGACAUUCAGGCUGGCAACGGGACCAUCGAGCUGCUAGCGACCGGUGAAGCUUCUGUCGCUCUAGAAGUGGCGGAAGUCUUGAUCGUGAACGCAGCCAUGAUCAUAACUGGGUCCAUGCACGGUGGCUUGGCCUUGGGGAAGACCUGGCGCCUGCUGGUGCCAAAUGGUGCACUCACAGACCGGACAGGCAACGCCUUUGCCGGCGUGACGGAUGGCCAGUAUGCGUUGCAACCAUGA